UUAUACUUUUAUGCUGUCAAAUUGUCAAACACAAUAUUAUAUACAAACUUUCGGUACAAAAUUUAACGUCUUUAAACGCUUAAACAUCUCCAAGGCUUGAAUAAUUCAAUGAUUCGAGCUGGAUGCCAGCGGCCGCUAGCUUCUAGAAACGAGGGGAAACUCAAGGCAUAUGAGUCUUGUGAAGACUGCAGAGCAUGGAGUCAUGAUCGUAGUAAGAGGAGCCAAUACCUCAAGCAAUGGAUUAAGAGUGAUAUGACCAAGAGUUUUCUACCAGUCAGUUGCUUGGUUGGUUAUCUGGACAGCAUGACUCGUAAGGGAAGGGGAGACUUGACCCCGCGUUGCCAUCCGGACUGCAAGUCCAAAGUACUGCUCGACAGCAUCCAGGCGUCCUGCUGCGCCAUGCGAGAGUGCCUGAGGAAUGACGAGAAAUGCUCCAAGUAUUUUGUUGAGGAAGAAUUCGAAACCUCGCACUGGCCGUGCGAACGCUGUCUCGAGGCGUUGAAGGGAAUAAAAAUGUUAUGGAAGCUGAUUUCGGAGCGCAUAUUCCACGUGAAGUACUGCGCCGAUGACAGCGGCGUCCACUCGUCCCGGAGCACCAGCGUGCGCAGCCUCGCCAAGCACUGGCAGCGGGAGGUGAUCACGCAGACGCUGCUGGUCAGCAGCUUCCAGAGAGGAGACGGGGAAGGGAACUUGAGACGUCAUAGACACGUGGCCAGCCGCGUCAAGUGCAACAGUUCAGGGUCGAGCCGAAGCGUCCGGUACCGCGCGAAGGCAGAUGUGGAAACCAUAUCGAUCUGCAGCUACCAGAUGUGCCUGAAGCCUGCACUCAAACCUUCGUGUGAGAAGCCCCCAGUAAGAAGUAUAGGCUGCGACGCGUCCACCCGCGACCAAGACGAAAUUAAACAGUUGAAGAGCAGUCUCACCAACAUGCAGUGUCGGUUGGAGGCGCAAGCUCGGGAACUGGACCGAAUGAGAGAGGAGAAUAACUUGCUGAAAGUAGAACUGCAGAAAAAAGUUAAUGAAAUAAAUGCACUUCGGCCGUCGCGGCCGUACACCGCCCUGUGUUUGAAGAGAGACGCGGAUAAGAACAGAUUGAGGCCGUUCGAAGGGAGUAUCGAGGACUUUGGCUGCUCUCACGCGACUAACACCGACUCUGAAAUGGUUAUUACUUUGAAGAACUGCAAAAACAAGCAUUUCCGUCACGUGUCGUUGCUACAAGUGAUUCACAAGACCAACGAGCCCGUGUCCCCCGUCGUCAGUGAUUUUACUAUCAGUAAACCGAGCUUUCAACACGAAGAUCCACUGAAAUUACUUACCAAAGUACAAAACACGUUCGGAGCCAUUGUCCAAAGAGAAAUUAACAUGGCUUGCGACAAGAAGAAAUUUUCUAAGAAAUGCAGCAUUGACUCCACAUAUCGAGGGUUCCAUUCUGGCAAAGGUGCAUGCUCCUGCACCUCUAUCAGGACCUACAACCAAGGGCCUCCGUGCGCUGGAUGCCUGAGAUACGCCCCUGGCAGUAGUGAACCAACAAUAAGAUGAUUUGGGAACAAAAUAAACUGUGAGCGUUUUGUAAUCGUAUUUAUUUAUUAAACUAUAAAGUUG